GGCAGUCUCUGGCUGGCGGCAGCGAUGUCCACUCAAACCGCCUCCUCUCGAGAGCAAAAGGUGCUGAGAGCUCCACGGCGGAGUCCCAGCUACCUCUCUGAUCUCUACCAGAACAUGCUACGGGGCAAAGAAACCCAGCCUGUGGAAACGAAGAGGUGCUCGCCACUGCAUAGCAGCAGCAGUGCCAGCCAGCUGACCUCCUCCCUUCACCAGGAAGCUGAACGUAGAGUUCCUCAGAGGGCCACCGUUACAGGCUGUGACCCACACCUCCGACCCAUCAUGCGCCGUCGGGCCAGGUCCUUGCCUAGUUCUCCGGAGAGGAGGAGAAGCAGGGUGGCUCCCUGUCGUGUUCCGGGUUGCAACACCCGCAAGAACCGAGUCAGGUUUGCAGACGCCUUGGGCCUGGAGCUGGCAGAAGUGAAAGUUUUCCAAGCUGGGGAAGACCCAUCCAUCCCGCUUCAUGUUCUUUCUCGGUUGUCCAUCAAUUCGGAUCUCUGUUGCGGCAGGCUGGACCUGGAAUUCACCAUGCAGUGCCUGGUGCCUGACUUCCAGCAGCCCAUGGAUUGUGAGAACUUCCUCAGCCGCCUGCAGCAGCAGCAGGUGUGUUUGGAACGAGUGACCAGCUCAGAUCUGGGCCUGAAUGGCACGAUCAGAGUGAUCAAUGUUGCCUUUGAGAAGCAGGUGGUUGUGCGCUACACGUUUAAUCAUUGGAAGGGCCAGCAUGAAAUAAAUGCUCAGUGGCACAGCAGUGUUGCUGGCCAGGAUGGGGAGAGCCAAGUGGACAUCUUCACCUUCUUCCUUCCUCUCCCCCCAUUCCUCCUCCAGCUUAGCUCAGUGAUUGAGUUUGCAGUAUUAUACCGAGUCAACGGGCAGGAACACUGGGAUAACAAUCAAGACAAGAACUACACUCUCACUUGCAGGAGUCAUCCGCUUAAGAUGCCCAGAGAAUGUGAAGAGAGCUGGAUUCAUUUCAUCUAAAAGCAAACAAAUGGUUCAGCCUUCAUUUGACCGUUUUCUUCUUCCUGCGGCACCAAAGAAACUCUUCGACGUGGCAAAGAUCCUUCAGAAUAAAAGAAUAACAAGUGAUCUGCACAAAAGUUGUUUAAAGAAGCAGUUUUUGUUUAAAAAAAGAGAAGGAUAAAGGGCCUUAAUUUGCAGUGAUUUGCACUAAAUUCACUUUAAAUGUGUGGGAAUCAUAGCCAAAAGAUGCGGUCAGUAGAAGCAAGUCAAUUUCUUCUAUUGUUUUGAUUAAUUCUUAGAAUAUGCUGAUUAUGCAGUAUUUUAAAGCAUACUGUUUAUUUUUUCACUUGUUGAUGCUCUGUAGUUUUUCACUUCACUUUUCUCACUUUUAAAAAAAAUGUCUUUGACAGAUGGAACACAAGCAUAUUUCUGUUAAUUUCUAGUAGAAAAAAAGAUGUUGCACUUUUUUUAAUGCACUGGUCAAAUGCUGCAGGGCUGGGGGAGGGCAAAAAAUAACUAUUUAAAUAGAAAUGAAAAUUUACAGUGCAGUUUAUAAUGCCUAUCUGACAAUGUUCUUACAUACUUGGCAUUCAGGUCAUUGAAUACUGAUGUGUUUUAGAGGACUUUUUGUUAUUAAGAGAAGAGAAAAUGCAGUUUACUUUGUGGGGAAUUUUUUUUUUUUUUUUGCCUUCCAGGUCAGAGUCAAAGUAGAGCUGUGGAAAAAGCAGUAGUAAAUGCAGACAUGUUUCUUUUUAAGUUAUUUCUGUUUUGUAAAAUAAUUGCAAUUUUGAAUCCCAUUUAACACAAUGCUAUACAAAUUAUAAGUUCCAGCAAAUUUAUCUGCUAAGUAAGAUAUUUAAAAUAAGGUUAUUCUGUAGAAGCAUGACAGUGAACAGUUUUAAAGACAAAUAAUGCCAAACUUCAACAAAAGGUGGAAGCCGAUGUCACCAUAGUUUAAUGAACUACAGGUAGUCCUUGACUUACGACCACAAUUGGGACCAGAACUUCAGUCCCUAAGUGGUGGUCAUUAAGUGAGGCAUCACGUGAUCACGUCUGAUUUUACUACCUUUUUGCCGCUGUCGUUAAGCGAAUCACUUGGUAAUUAAGCAAAUCUGGCUUCCCCCAUUGAUUUUUCUUGUUGGAAGCUGGCUGGGAAGGUCACAAAUGGUGAUCACAUGACCCUGGGAUGCUGCAACCCUCAUAAAUACAUGCCGGUUGCCAAGCGCCCAAAUUUUGAUCCCAUGACUGUAGGGCUGCUGUGAUGGUCGUAAGCGCAAGGUCUGGUUGCAAGUCACUUUUUUCAGCAUCUUCGUACUUUGAACAGUUGCUAAACAGAUGGUUGUAAGUUGAAGACUACCUGUAUAGCCAGAUUGUAGAGAUGCUUGAUUUAAACUAGGCUGCAGCCAGUCUUAGAUUAGUUUCCAAGCAAGCCAUGGCUAAAGUGGGAAAUUGAAAAAAAUCUUAGAAGCAGUCAUUGGCAAACCACUUCUUUUUUGCUGCCAAGAAAAUUUCAUGGAUGUAUCUAUGUAGUUACUAAGAGUCAGACUUGACUCACAGGCAUUUUUACUUUUUUUAUAGUUAACAAAGAGGUCACCCUGAAUCAUACUUUUUAGACUGUGAAACUCCCUGAUUUGUUGGCAACUGAGUCCCAGGACUUUCUUUGAGAUAAAAUGAGAAUGCUUCUUUCCAUAUAUAAUUAAUAUGGGUUAUUCUUUACCAGCCUUGGGCGUUACUAGGUAAUGGCCUAUAUUCCAGAAUGAAACAACACUGAAAUGUGUUAGAUUUCUGGGAGAUCUUAUGAGAUUUUGGCAUUUUUAAAAAAUAAUUUAGAAGGAGUAAAUGAUGCCCUGCCUCACCAACUCCUGGGUUAUAGCUAUAGGUGCAGUUAAGGAUUGAAUUGCAUGUUGUAUUAUGUUUCUGGCACCAUUUGUAUGCAUACAGUACGUGUUUGGGAGAUUGCUGUCAUUGGCAUGGAUUGAGGUGUCUGCAUAUGCCAUUAAGUCUGUAAGAAAACUUCUGUUGCUCAAUACAGAGCAACUCCCUCUUGGGGAAGAACUUCUGGUGAUGUGGUAAAAGUAGCAAUGAGUAUGGAGGGGUAUUUUGUGUGUAUACUAAGCUAAGGAUCAUUCUGAUGUAGGUGAACAGCUGAGGAGAUGAAUUUGUGAUUGCCAAUGGACCUGAAAAAUAUUCUAUAUUCAAAGAUCUAGUAUACAUCAGGAUGAAUCACGGUGUGCGAUGAAGUGUGGCAGAAUACAGUACAAGUCUUUAUAUUCUUAAUCUCCUCCCUGCCCAUUUUGUGUCAUGAUUUUGGAGUUCUGUAGCAAGCAGCCUUAGACUGAGUGCACCUAGUUUGGACCAGUCUCUAAGAUGGGGUGGAUAAUUUGCAGUUCUACACCAUGUAUGGCCUUCAGACUAAUUUCAGGCAGCCCCCAGACUAAUUUUAAAAGCUGCUGCAAGAGAUCAAUACAAAUAAGAGCCACCUCUCCUUUCCUUGUGGAUUACUUCUUGAGAAAGAGGAACAGAGUGUGAGAAGGAAAAAUGAGAUGUCAGGAAACAGAUGAUCCCAUCCAUUUUGGGUUCUGAUCACAUCUGCUUUUGGCUCUGGCUUCAUCCGCUCAAUGGCUCCCGAUAGAUUGUCCAUGAUAUAAAUCUGGUUGUUUAUACAAGGUUUCCUGACAGAGCUUCCUCCUCCCCACCUCCCGGUUCUAUAUGCAAAUUAUAUUUUCCUGUCUUCACACGCACACACCCACACACCUAGCAUGCGGUUCGGGUUUUUUGCUUCGUUUGCACAUGAUGUAGAGAAGAUGUACUUGGUUUCUGAUUUCUUGUAUUUUGGGCUGAUACUGUGCCUUGAAUAACCUUGGGGCUGCUAUAUCGCAGUGGAUUCCAGCCAUGCAUGUUCUGUAUCUCAUGGAGGCUGGAAGGGAUCCCAGUUCCAGAGUAGAAACUCAUGUCAGCCCUAUAUUUGCUAAUGAGGACUUCUACGGAAGAAGUUUUCUCAAGGGGCCAUUCUUUGGAAUUUGAAGUUCCUCUGAAAUGCCUGGCCAACAUAAGAGGAACAUUAGGUAAUGGAAAAUCUAUUUUCCUUAUUGGUGACCAAGUCAAGAAGUGUAUUUAGAUCUCUUGUUUAUCAAACAAAUAGAAAGUAGGCUGGACACUUCAAACACAUCUCUUGGAUGUACGCUAUUGAUUUCAGUAGAAAUAUUGUACAUCAGUAGCAAAUUUGUUUUCUGAACUUGGAUCCUUAUGUAGAUGGAAUGGCAGGUUUCAUGAAAUUAUAAAGAGCACACAAAUCUUUGAGAUGGGGCUAAAGGGAACCCCUUGAAUGGCCCAAGAAAAUGUCAGGAGCCAUUGAAAGUUAAGGGAUUGCUUUGGGGAGGGGAGAAAAAAGGAGAAGGUGGAAUGAAAUGGAGUAUUAUAGGAAAGAGCAUGGAAAAAUUGGGUUGAUAGAAUGCUAAGCUUACAGCCUAACAACUCCUACAACCUAAUUUUUCAUAUUUCUGAGUCUAUGUGUGGCCAUUAUAGCUCUGAGAGAUUUUGGUGAUUGCAGUUGAACUAAGUUUUCUGUCUUCAGACUAGGUGUAUGUCAUCGAGGAAGGUUAGUUAGGCAACCUCUGGAAAUGUGCUAUAAUAGCAGAAAAGCUGCAUUCUUGUCAGAUCAAAGUAGCAGAUUUCUCCAAUAGGACACUAUCUAAACAUGUUAGGACUACAGCCAGCGUUUACAGCCAGGAUGGCCAUUGGCCCUUCCAGAGGUGAUUUCAUUUCUUUGACAUUAUUUUGUUUUUUCCUACAUCAUCAUGUCCUUACCAUCACCUUUCCUGACUGAGAAACCUGGGAGUUUUAGUCAUAAUGUAUCUGGAAGAGAUCAGGGACAGGCCAAUGCAUAGUGUUGUUUAGUGAUCUGUGACUGAUAGGGUGGGUCAUUGCAGUUUCUAUACACAUUUUUGCGAGUGGAUAAUUUUGCACACUCAACUUUUUGCAUGUGAUGAAAGUACUGAAGAAAGGUAGUCUGACAUCUCCAGCAUUCUGAAUCAGGCUAGGUAGUAACCUAAAUGACCAGUGUCACUCUAUGCACCAGUUGCAUAGAAUCCUUUUGUUCUUUAUUUUGAGCUAAAAAAAUAAAAAAAAUUCUUGCAUGUUAUAUUAUGGGUAUAGUUUCAUGACAGUAAGAAAAGUGUAAUUUUAAAUAGAAUUUGAAGCCCAUAGACCAGCCUUUCCCAAUCUGGUAUCCUCCAGAUCUGAUGGAUUAGAAUUUCCAUAAUUGCCUGGCAAUUAAAGGAAUUCAAACAAAUCUGGAUCCUGUUCUAAGUCUAUAUUCAGAAUUGGUUGAGAGAAGCAGGUUGUGGACUGUUGCCAGUAUUCAGAUAGCCCCUAUUUUUCUGCCAGCAUCUGAAUCUGCAGAAUGUGAAAAGUUAGGCAUAAAACAGUCAAUGCAUUUUUAAUGAAGAAGAGCUUACUUUCUACAAAAUACAUUUGGGUUACACUGAUGAUCUGUAACUCCUUAACACUGUAAUCUCUUUCUUCCUUUUCUGUUUUUAUCAUUCGUGUUGCUGUAUUUGCCCCUUUGCUUUUGAGUAUUCUAGUAGAGUUGCUCCAUAAGUAUUCCUUACUGAAACCAAGAAACCAAGCAAACAGGGUUGAGUAGAGCACCGUGCUUCACUUUGCAUGUUAUAUACAGAUUCUGAUCUUUCUGAGACAAAUACGCUUUGCAGCCCAUGUUGAAAAGUAAUAGAGUUUUAAAUUCCAGUUGCAUAGAGAAGUCCACAUACAUCGUUGUGUUUUAGAAUUGUGACACAAAUGAUUACCAUAGAAUGGCUAAAUGUGCUACAGUAUUUCCAGGUGCAAGCUUUUAGAAAGCAAACAGAAAUUACCUUUCUAUAAUCACAGAAGUUUAAUAACCCUGGGAUGUUAGGAAAAGAAACAUGAUAGGUAGGCAGAUAGGAGGCAUAUUUUUCCAAAAAUGUCCAGAUAGGUGUCAGAUUCCUAUAUAUUUGCUUUCCCCCUCCGAUCUUCCAUAAUGAGUAACUCAGUGGGCUUGAAAGUUUCCAGAGACAUCUGGAAAAUAUAUGUGCUAUAUGACAGUUACUGCUGCUCCUGGAAGCAAUAUUGCAGGCUUCUUCCUCAUCACUUUUGCUUUUCAAAACCUGCUUUCACAUGUGCACGUCCUUUGGCCUCUUUGCAUCCUUUUACAUUGGUCCCAGAACCAAUCCGGGUCUCUUGGGUUGUAAAUAUCCUGUAUUCUGGAGAUGCACUGUUCCUUGUAGCAGAUCUGUUUACUUUCCAGUUCAUCAGCACAGAGGAGUACAGGCAAGGUCCAAAACUGUAACACUAGACUAGUGAUGCAAAUAAAAAUCUAUCGCUUGCCUUGCUGGAUCAAGGCCAAGUGCUUCUGGUCCAGUGUUUUGCAUCCAACGAUGUCCUACCAGUCAAAUGCCUCUGGAAGGGAAAUCUCAUCAGCUUGGCAUGAAGGUCACAGCUAACCCCUGUUUAUCCCCAAGUGCUCUGUACUUAGAAACACAUUGCUUUGGGAUACAGAGAUUUCAUUUAAUAACUGUUGCAAAAAGGCACUUCUGAAAUUCACAAAUAAAGACCAGUACCGUACCAAAGCCCUGGGAAAAAAGUAAGUGCCGAAGGACAUUGGGAAAUUAUUUCCCCCCCUAUGCAAACUCAGGGAAAUAAAUGUUAAAUUUAUUUUAAAUAUUAAUUCCUCCUGUGUCCUGAAACAAGAAUCUGAACAAUUAUAAAAGCCCAAGCAAACAAUUUUUAUUUAUUAUAUUUUUGUACUGCUGGAUUCCAAAAGCAACAGUUUUCAAUACGAAUUUAUGGCUUAAGACAGCUUUAAAUAUUUACCACAUUUUAAGUAUUGAUCACUGGAAAGUUUCCAAAAGGUUAUCCCCAGGGCAUGGGAAUAGCAGAUUUCACCAAGGAAAGGCGCAUUCAGAAUAAAUGUUUGCCAAGUAAAGAUAGUCACUGUUUGGUCAUUUGGCAGGCAAGCCUAACUGUUAACUAACUCUUGCUUAAAGUAGGAGCCAGUUUGGUGUAGUAGUUAAGGCACCAGGCUAGAAACUGGGAGACCGUGAAUUUUAGUCCUGCCUUAGGCACAAAGCCAGCUGGGUGACUUUGGGCCAUUCCUAGGAAGAGCAAUGGCAAAUCACUUCUGAAAAUGUUGCCAAGAACUCUGCAGGGACUUGUCCAGGCAGGUGCCAGGAGUCAGGACUGACUCAAAGGCAUAAAAAUAAAUAAAUUGCUUAAGGUACCUGAAUGUGAGUUCUGCAUGAUUUCUUAAGGAAUACCUGCUUAUGUCACUUGGGAUAUAAACAGUUGAUAGUAUCAUGAAUCUCUUCACCAUGGAGCAUAAGUAGGCAAAGACAGAGAAUGGAAACAGUUCAUUUGACCAAUAGAUAAAACUGUCCCUUACAGUUGGGAACAGCAGUCCAAAUAUCUGGAGGGCACUGGAUUGGCAUCACAAGUUUAUUGAGCCCAGCAGAACUAAAUUCUGUGUAAUAAUAUGUUGAGUAAUGUACAUGGCUCAGGAAUGGACUUACUGCAGUGAGCCGCUGAUCUGUAAAUGUGUACACUUUUCAUAAGGGAGGAAAGAAAGAUAUGCCAAGGAAGAACACUGAAAAUGUACCUUGUUUUUGGAAGACUGCUGUAUAAAAGAAUGGUAGAAACCCCUUUGGAGGGACUGAGGUGCUGUUUCCAUUAGACAGAGGCAUGUUGCUGAAUGCCGGCGUAUGUCAAAGCCUGAUGUGUUUGGAGGCUAAAGAUGAGCCAUACCGGAACAUGCAAAGCAAGGACUCUUGAAAGGGUGUGUCACCUCUACUGGAGUAGCUUCUUGGGACAGGAGAAGAGUCACUUAAAGCUGUAAUAAAAGGACCUUAGACCUAUAAUUGAGACUUUUACUAUUGUGCUACAGAAAUCCUGCUGUGUUCCUGUAAGUAAAGCUUCAGGAGGAAUGCUUGUGUUAAAGCACCUUUGUAACAGUACAAAACAGCUGGAGGGAGAUUCUUUUUCCCUUUAAUAUCAGAGUUAACAGCCUUUUUGGAGUGCCACCAUCUUGUCCCCUCUGAAAUGUAUCUCCUUCCAAAUCAGCUGGUUCUCUGUGACUGAUGAGAUCAAAUUCAAAUCCUGCAUGCUUUUACCCCGAAGCAUUUAAUUUCAUGGCAUGGAGGCAGUACUAUCGUCAUUUUGUAUUUAGUACUAUUCUCAGGGCAGUUAAUACCCACAGACUUCCCUCUUCAUGUUUCGGUGAUGCCUUGCCAUUUUGAAAAGCACUUUAAAGCGAUGCUGUAUUGAAAAUACUGUAUUCUUUUUGCAACUGAUCAUGUCUCAGUAUAACGUAUCGUUAAAAUAUGUUUGUGGCUCUGUUUAGGAGAUGCUGUUGUUGGAAAGAAUGUGUGUGGAUUCUUACCAUUUAUAAGACUGUAAUAAGAAUAAAAUAAACUAUGGCUAUAUAUCUGAA